AUAUUACUGACUUGCUUAGGUAGACAGACAGCAACAACAUACAAAAUCCGAACACCACGAUAUCGGUCAAUCAGUAGACAGACAACUCUUGGUUGGUAAAGACGUGUUUCGUAACAACAAUUUCAUACAUAUUUUUUUAGCAUUUUCAUCGAAAAUACCAACCAACAUGAAAAACUACGUCGUGUUUUGCGCUGUAAUUUUCUGCUUUGCCUCCGUCAGUUACGCAUUAACUUUCGAGGAUUGUGGAAGUAAAAUCGGAAAAUGGACUCAAAUUGAUGUUUCUGGCUGCAACACAGACAAAAAGUCAUGCGUCUUGAAACGUGGCUCGAACGCAUCGAUUGGCAUCACUUUUGAAACGACAAAGCCCGUUCAAAAGGUCGAAGCACUUGUAUGGGGAAAAAUUGCUGAAAUCGAUGUGCCAUUCCCCUUGCCGAACGGCGAUGGAUGUACCUCGAAUGUGUCGUGUCCCGUUCAACCAAAUACUCCACAAAACUACGUCACGACAUUGCCCGUCCUCAAAAUCUAUCCCAAAAUUCCCGUUUUGGUCAAGUGGGAGCUCGUCAGUGAGAAGAAAGAAGUCAUCGUUUGUGUCUUGAUUCCAGCUCAAAUUAAGUAAAGGCUUUCGGGAGUGGCGGAAAAGUUUAGUUUUAAUAAAAAAAAAUUAUUAAAUCAUCUGAGAAGCAAUAAAUCAACGAAUUUUUUGGAAUUU